AUGACAGUACUGAGCAAAGCUCACAUAAAGCACACCCACGGCUCGUGCACACACAUGCACCCUCGCCCUCUUCCUUUCUCUCCAGUGCACACAUUUCCUGCUAGCUACAAAGCAGCUGACCUUACACUGAAGCUGCAUACUGCACAGAGGAGAGUGGGGUGAAGGGAAAGGAGAGGUGACAGUGUGACUAUCUGCAAAAAGCCUGCAUGGCAAAGGCAGUGGGAGGGACAAAAAGGACUGGACAAUACCUACAACACAAAGAAGAAAAAACGCUGCCAAAAACCAGGACAGUGGAGGACUACUGCAGACGAUGAGCUCCAUCUGACAUCAGGGGGAGAAAAUCAACACCAAGUAAAGGAAUGAAGUUUUCAUGGACUGUCUCCUGGAGACAACUCAUUGGAAGAUGUAGUCUCUGAAAAGCCCAAUUUCUAAAAAAAUCUCACAUCAGUGGAUCAGCUUUCACCUGUAAGUAUAGCUCCUUACUUUGACUUUACACCCAGAUGCCAGAGUCAAAUUUUUCCACAUGUUGGUUUAAAUAUUGGUUUCUAUUCAAAAUAUUGCAGCUUUACACAUAGUUUUUGUCCACAGAGGUUGACCUCUGACCAUGCAGGCUCUGAUCUCAGGUGGAGGCUUGGUUGAAUUCAUCAGCCUGAGGUGGAAAAAGCAAAUUACACACACCUGAUACAUCGUCCUUUACCUGGUUACACUCAAACUGAAAGCAAUCAGAGCGCCCAUCAGGCAAGGACCAGAGGUCAGCUCUGUUGCAGGAUGAUGAUCUUUCACUGCCAACUUUAAAAUCUUUAUCUAAUCAGGGCUAAAAUAUAUGCACAUAUAAAAUUAGCUAUAAUAAACACAUACGUCAAUUAAAGAGAGGUUGCAAUUUUUGUGAUGCAAUUUCAUUGUUAUUUCAAGCAGGAAAUUUGACCCCAAUUUCGAGAGAAAUGCAUUUUUUCACUCCAUUUCUUUCCUUUUUUAUCAUCAGCAGGAAUUAACUGAUUUUGACUUGUUUCAUUUUUUUUUCUCAUAAGAUUUUUUUUUUUUUUUCAGCUUUCACGGUCUUCGUGCACAUCAUACACCGGUCAAAACUGACCCGUCUUUUGAAGGUGUGACUCAGAAAAUGUAGCCAUAGAUAUUGAGUGACCGAACCAUGCAGAGGGGAGGUCACUGAAUCAUCAUGCAGACCAUAAAAUUACUUGUUUCAUCGGCUUUUCAGGCCAGUCUACUGUGACCACCAUGCCCCUGUUCAGCUGGAUGAAAUGGACCACUGAAACAAAAGCGCAAGCUGAGACUGAGGAAGCCCCUUUUAAGACCCCUGAAGUUGUGCCCAGUCGUAUGCUAAUCAGAGAGCUCCUGUGGCAUGUGGAGGAACGAGAGCGGCUGGCAAGGGAACUGGAGCGGGAGAACAGGCUGACCCACAGUGCUCUGGGCACCCACUGGUUCCAGAAGUACCCCAGGUUACGGACUCUCAUCCCUACAUCUGAGCUCCACCAGCUGGAGUUCCUCUGUGCACAGAUCCCUUUUGUCCAUGCAGCCACCGUGCUCUCCAGGUAUUUGCAAGCAGCCAUGCCGUGCUCCAUCCUCACAUUAGUAUGCUGUCAACAGUGGCUAGCUGCUGCUGCAUCAACACAAGGCCUGACAGCAGGAAAAGCAGAGAAGACCUAAAGGGAUGAGAAGGGAAGGAGGGCAGGCUGCCAAGAAAGCCAUUAUGUGUUACUGUCACAAAGGAGGGCAGCUUGGGUGUGAAGGUGAAGGGUGCCCUGUAAGGCUGAGUGAGGCCAGACUGCUGGGGUUUUCAUAAUCUUUGUUCAAGUAAUAAUGAUAUAAAAAAAGGUUUUUCCACAUGGCUGAUCACAGUGACCUACUUGUUUUAUUUUCCAUAAAACUCGAUGCUGGGUCACUACUCUGUCCUUACACAACCAAAUAACCGGAGAAUGACCUAUUUAGGAGGAAAUGCGUUAUGCAAAGAGUAUACAGGUCAUUUUGAGAGGGUUCAACAACACAUAAGACACAGCUCACUAAAAAUGUAGGAUGCUGAUACUGUGCUGAUACCAAUUUUGCACCUUCAACAAGUGAUUUAUUAAAAUUGAUUGGUUGUGUCCUUUCACAGGUUUCGUGAGGUGCUUGCCACUAACAACAUAAAGCCCUGGGAGCUGGCAUCUGUCUUCAAACAGGUACUGAGGGACUUUCUGAGUCAAAAACAUUACGAGGGAAAGGACAACCUCUCAGUGCACCCAGCACAGCUCUGA